AUGCCAGAAGAAGACAAGGAUUGUUUCAAAAAUGUUAUGCCCAACUUGAUGCAAACUAUUCGAGCGGCGAGCGGGCUUGCUGCCCAGGAUGUCAAGUUCUACAAGUCUAUAGACCCAGAAAUCAGCAAAGAGAUUGACGAACGUGGACAAGACCUUCUUCAAAUCAUCAAUGAUUUAGUCAAGUGCACCUCGUCACGUACGAAUAAAGUGACCACCAUCAAGUACGGUGAGGAAUAUAUGCAGACCGGACCCGCUUGGAACUCUGUUAGUAGUGUUAUAGAACAUCUUUUUGAAAAAUUGGAUCACGAAUUUGAUCAAAAGAAAAGACUGCAGUCGGCUUACAGGGAACACGAGAAGCAAUAUUUGGAGGAUGGUGUGACCAGCUCAGGUACGCUGGAGCAGCGAAGCCAUCGUAUUACCAAGCCUCAGCUUUCAUUUAAAACACCUAUUGACAAUUCCGAGGAAGAGCCAUUCAAGCCUAAGUUGCGAACCAAGCCCAAUGCCUUGCAGAGUCUAGAAUUAGUAAGUCAGCUUGUCAACCCGGAACCUGUGUACGAAGAUUCGGUAGAAGUUGUUGACCCACCUUUUUACAGACACCCAUAUGAAUACGAAAUUGAUAAACAGCCAUAUCCUUCUGCUGUACUUGAAAAAUCAACGCCAAUUCAACCACAAGAGUGGACUAAAACUGAGGCUAUAUGGGUGGACAAUGAAGAGCAGUUGGAUGCGAUGAUCGAGGAGUUAAAAGCGGCAUCCGAGAUUGCUGUUGAUUUAGAACAUCACGAUUAUAGAUCUUACUAUGGUUUAGUAUGUCUUAUGCAAAUCUCUAAUCGUGAAAAGGAUUGGGUCAUUGAUACUUUGGCGUUGAGGGAUGAGUUAUCCAAACUAAAUGUUAUAUUCACAAACCAUGAGAUUGUUAAAGUGUUUCACGGUGCGUUUAUGGAUAUAAUAUGGCUUCAAAGGGAUUUGGGGUUGUACAUUGUAUCUUUAUUUGACACAUACCAUGCAUCACGCCAGUUGGGUUUUGCCAAAUUUUCUCUUCAAUAUUUGUUAGACACGUUUGCUCAUUUUAGAACUUCAAAGAAGUAUCAAUUAGCAGACUGGAGAAUCAGACCAUUACCAGCACCGAUGCUUGCAUACGCUAGGUCUGAUACUCACUUUUUGCUUUAUAUAUACGAUCAGCUUCGAAACAAAUUGAUUGAUCAAGACAAACUUUCCAAGGUUUUGUUUGAGCUGAGACAAGUUGCCAAGAGAAGAUUUGAAUAUACAAAGUAUCGUCCAUUGUCAAAUACGCCAGGCAAUGGACAGGUAUCAUGCCCUAUAAUGGCAUCGAACCCUAAGGAACCAUGGGGAUCCAUAAUGUACCAAUAUAAUGUUCCCUCUUUCAAGAAACAUAUAGUGGAGGUGUUGUACAAAUACAGAGAUGCAGUUGCAAGAGAGGAAGAUGAAUCUGUGCGUUACAUUAUGCCCAAUCAGCUAUUAGUUUCGUUAUCUAUACUAGAAGCCCCUGUGGAAACUGAAAAAGUCCUCAAUAGCCACGUUUAUGUUUCCGAACAUGUACGUAUGCAUGCCAAAGAGAUUGCCAGCUUAAUCAAUCUUGCCCUAAAGGAUUCCGAAAAGAGCGAUUGGGCAUUGGUAGAUAAAUGGCACAGUCAGUCUCUGGAGCAUGGCCAUGUUUCAUUGGAACAUGAUGUGGUGAGUGUGAGCAUUGAAAGCGUGAGUGAUGUUUUCGACAAAUUGCUUGCCCUGGCAAAUCAAUUUAAUGUAGGUGAGAAUGAAGGAACAGGUACAUCAUCAAAGACAUCAUCAAAGACAUCAUCACAACCAUUACAAGUAUCAGGAUUGGAAUCAACAUCAACACCUGUAUUACUUAUUGACAAUUCGUCUCAGGUAUUUGGAAACGGAGUUAAAGCAGAAAACAGUGCACUGGCAACUGCUUAUGUCAUUGACUACUCUGAUAGCACUGGCAAUGUUAAUAAACAAAACUUUACAAAAGUGCGCAAAGAGCGUUUACAAAAUGUUUGGAGGAAACUUUAUGAGUUUAAUAGCACAGUUUCUUUACCUAUUGUUAUGAAUGAGGUCGAUUCUGAAGCAAUGAAUUCCAAUUUUGCAGAAAAUGAUGCUCUGGAUUCUGCAGUUAUAGAAAAUGUUGAAGUUGCCAAACCUUUGACUGGCCAACAAAAAUUGUUUAGCAAAGAUGCCCUGAUUGACCCACAUGAACUCAUUACUUUGAGAAAGAGUCAGCAAAAGACCAAUAAUCGUAAAUCCUCUAGUCAAGAACUUGAACAAGAACAAACACCAAGCGUGGAUUAUGCCAAUGCAGACAAGAUAUUAAUCGAUGCUGAUAAGAAGAGGGAAAACAACAAGAAAAAGAAGAGGUCGUUUGAUCCAUAUUCUAAUAUGGGAGACGGACCACGUCCAGUCAAGAAGGGAAAAUCCAUGACUAGUGGAAGGACUUCUACUUUCAAAAUGAAGAAAAAGUAA